UCCAUAUUUAUAUGUUUUUGGAAGGAAUCUCGCGACCCCCCCUAACAGUCUUCCACGACCCCCCCAGUGAGUCCCAACCCCCAAUUUGGGAACCACUGCUCAAAGGGAUGUAGCCUACGUGUCUUUUUAAAAAUAUAUAUAUAUUUUCUGUUGUAGCUGUCUGAUUUUAUUUUGAAAAUCAUGUUACCAAACAUCCGGUGCUGUCUUCGUGUAAACUUGACUGCUUUUGUGCGCUGACUCAAUCAAUGAUCCGUUGCUCGGGGUUUCGAUUGAGCAGCCUGGCCCGGGCCAACACGAAGCGAUAAUAUGGGGAGUCGGGUCUGCGCGUCUUUUCUGUCUUUCACCUUUACAGAGUUUAUCAUCGUUACCUGAAGCUGUCUCCGUUUAACCCGCGCGGCUGUGUUCUCCGUUCACCGCGGCUGUUUGUUCGAUGUCGCGUUUGAGGACCGUCCGUCAAACCAGCACCUGGCGUCUGCCGGCGGAGUGAAGAGCGCCGCAGCCUUGCGUCAAAGCCAGCUAAAAGCUAAACCGUGGGUAGGACAAGUCAGCGAUAAAGACCGGCAACAGCCACGUUACCCCGAGCUAGCCAGGCAGCCAGCAAGACGGGUUAUUUUUGGCACGGUUGCGUUCACAUGCUCCGUUUUAGACGCUAGUCCAAACAUCUGUGCAGAAGCUGCAAGAAAAAAAACCUUUUGAGUGUAUUUUAGGGUUUGUAUAUCGUCUCACCAGGUACCUGAACACAACUCUGUUUUUAAAGCACAGGUAAAGAAAAAACAGUUAAUUGUGAUUAAUUGCGCAACAUCUGGUUUAAAAAAAAGGGGCCUCAUAUCUAACACAUGAGGCCCGGUUGAAAAAAGAUGGACCUGAAUUUUUAUUCGGAUUUGACGGACGGUACCGGGCAGCACGACGGGGAUCCAGAGUUCCUGGAUCCGCAUUCAUUCAAUGGAUUUGAUUCUGACAACAAGUUCCCUGGAGGAAGUGACAACUACCUGACAAUCUCCGGGUCCAGCCAUCCCUUCCUCUCGUCUUCAGAGACCUUCCACACCCCCAGCCUCGGCGAUGAGGAGUUCGAGAUCCCCCCGAUCUCUCUGGACCCGGACUCGGCCCUCACCGUGUCGGACGUGGUGUCGCACUUCGGCGAGCUGUCGGACACGGGACCCUCGGACAGCGUGGUGGUCCCCGGGAACGCCGUGGUGGAAGGGGACGACCCGUCGUUCGCCUCCACCUUUGUCAACGCCCCCUCGCAGGGGCUUGAGCACCUGAGUCUAGGGGUCAUAGGUCACCAGUCGGGAGGCGGCGCUCUGCUGGGGUCGUCACUGGGGAUGGACCUCGGCCAUCCGAUCGGCUCUCAGUUCAGCAGCUCGGUCACCAUCGACGUCCCGCUGGGCGACAUGAGCCAGGGCCUUCUGGGCUCCAGCCAGCUCACCACCAUCGACCAAUCGGAGCUCAGCGCUCAGCUGGGGCUCGGCCUGGGAGGAGGGAACAUUUUACAACGCUCCCAGUCGCCCGAACACCGGCUGUCGGCCACGGCGUCGCCCACCAGCUCGCUGCAGGACGACGACAUGGACGACUUCAGGAGGAGCGUCCUGGUCGAGUCCCCCGUCUCCCUGGCCGUCUCCCCCGCCGUCAUCUCGCUCGACCCCUCGCUGUCGGCGCCCCCUCUCUCCGCUCCGGCCUCCAGAGAACAACAGAAGAGAUACCCCAACGAGCAUCAGAAACCCGUGUCGGCCUACGCCCUGUUCUUCAGCGACACGCAGGCGGCCAUCAAGGGGCAGAAUCCCAACGCCACGUUCGGAGAGGUGUCGAAGAUCGUGGCGUCCAUGUGGGACAGCCUCGGCGAGGAGCAGAAACAGGUUUACAAGAGGAAAAACGAAGCGGCAAAGAAGGAUUACUUGAAGGCGAUGGCGGAGUACAGAGGUGGACAUUUUUCUCAGGCUCCGAUUGAAGUGAUGGACACCUCCCCGUCGCCCCCUCCUCCAGCCCCCGCCCCCUCCAUCAAGACCUCCCCCGCCUCCACCCUGUCCACUCGCACCACCCGCUCCCAGCACUACAACCCCGAGGAGAACACCAUCACCAACAUCUGCACGUCCAACAUCAUCCUGGACCUCCCCCAGGUCACGACGCGCUCUCGGACUGGCGCCAUUAAACCCCAACCCCCACCCGCCCUGCAGAACCCCCCCGCCGUCACCAAAAUCAUCAUCAAACAGACACAGCUGCCCUCCGGCGGCGUGUCCGUCACGGCGACGGCCGCCUCCUCGCCGCGGCAGCCUCCGCCCCUCCAGCAGAUGCAGAGCAACCCUCCUCCCCCGCGGCUGCAGCAGAUGGUGCGUGCUCAGGCUCCGCCCCCUCUGCAGGCCAAACCGCGGGGAGGAGGAGCAGCCGCCGCCGCCAAGGCUCCGCCCCCGCUGCAGAUCAAAGUCGUCCCGCCGGCGAGACAGUCGGACGCGAGCGUGCCGAUCAUCGUGACGUCAUCGGGCGACGCGCCCACAUCGGUGUCGCUGCUGGGUCUGAGGAUGGAGGUCGGUCAGUCGGGCGACGUGGAGGCGGGAGGAGAGGAAGUGGUGGAGGCGGAGGAAGGGAUGGAGGUGGAGGUGAACAUCGCCCCCGUCCCCAGCAUGACCCCCACCGCCGGCCGGAACGUGUGCGUGCGCGCCGGCUGCAACAACCCGGCCGUGGAGAGCAAAGACUGGGACAAAGAGUACUGCAGCAACGAGUGUGUCGCCAACCACUGCAGAGAUGUGUUCAUGGCCUGGUGUUCCAUCCGAGGGCAGAACUCCACCACCGUCACAUAGGGAAGAAGAAAAACUGACGAGCAACAAAAAAAAAAAAAAAAAACUCGCCAGUUUAUACGCUUCACGGAGAGGAAACACGGACAAGGAACAGAAAAUAAAUAAAAAUUAACACGAAGGAAUGAAUGGUCAGGCUCAGGUAUCGGCACAUAAUCAUGAGGGGAAAAAACUAAGAGGAAGACGCACCUGCAGGGGAGAAAGAAAAAGCUGAAAGUCACUAAGAUGCUUUUUUUUUUUUUUUUUUUCUGGGAUCGAUUAACCUCCCCUGAGGACACAAAUAAUGCAACAGAGGAAACUAAAGACUGGACUCUGACUUCCCUAAUGAUCCUCUCUAUUGGGAAUCUGCAUCACAGACUUCUAUAUAUAUACAAAUAUAUACAUAAAUAUAUCAAAUGGAUCAUUUUUUAUGGACUUGGUGUGUUUUUAAUUGUCAUGAAAAGAUGAAAAAGAGCAGGAAAUCAUGACCCUGCAGAUAAAUUCAGCUUCUUGGAUCUUCCCAUCACGGUCGCAUCGAGGACUGAUUCACGUCAAAGGGACGGACGAGCAACGAGCUGGACGAAGCACAAACAGUCUUAAAGGUUCGUUUGGAGGCGAGGUGUUUGAGCCGCUCGAAGACAAAAACGAUCGUUGAAACCAUGCGAGAGGAAACUUUCCAAACAGGUGCUAACAUUCAGGAAACUACAAACGGUUUCCUCAGUUCUCAUUUUUUCUGCCGAGUCACCUGAAAAACAACAACACGAGAGUUUUAAAGGUGCAUCUUUUGUUUUAUGACAAACUUUUGUGGUGUAAUGUGUUUGAGGGGGGAAAAAAGAAGAAAAUAUAUGAAAUAAAGACACCAGCUUCAACAACACUUCUGUAAGGGGGGCAGGGGGGGGUUAAGGGAAUCCAGUGUAAAAGCUUUACUUUUUAACAUGACGGUGUUUUAAUUUAAAGAGCUGCCUUCAGGGCGGUUUGAUGACGGAGGACAGGACGGUCGAUGAUGCAGUGAUCAUGCUGGUUGAUUGUAAAUAUCCUGGAAAUGUUUGUAAUUGUGAAAUAAAAUAUUUUAUGUUUUAAUAUA